AUGAAUUAAGCCUUGAAAUAUGUUCCAAAAAUCAAAUUUAUAGGCAGCAGAUCGAAUUUAGUGCCUCAUCAACACAGUACAUAAACAACUAAGUAUGUACAUAAAGUUGUGGAUUAUUAAAGAAGAAAGAUGACAUAAGAAGAAAUUGAUGUCAUAAACUAAGGAGGAUUUGCAGACAUGAGUUGGAAGAAAAUCAAGCCUAUCAAAAUAUGA